AUGGUUUCAUGUGGUAGAUUCUUUGUUGUGCUGAUACCGCUGAUUUUCUCAAUUGGUGCUCUUGUUUUGGGUGCUUUAGCCUGUGCUGGUUCAACAAAAAAUAUGAAUCCAGUCAACCAAAUCUACAUGUUUAGAUUGAAUGUCACAGAUAUCAAUCUUUCGUCUGUGUUUUCUGGGGUCUCCAUACAAGCAAGUGAUAUUGGUUUAAGUGAUAUUUAUUCAAUUGGUAUGUGGGGUUAUUGUAAAGGUGAUAAUGAUAAUGGUAAUUAUCAAGUGAAAAAUUGUUCAAGUCCAAAAGCUAUGUAUUUGUUCGAUCCUGUCAAGAUUUUAAGUGAAGAUUUGGAUUCAAACUUAAGUAUGAAUGAUUUGAAAUUGCCAGAUAAAAUUGAAAAUUACAUCAAGACUGCUAAAAUUGUCUCCAAAAUAAUCUUUCUCACUACAAUAAUUGGUGUUGUUGGAUCUUUUGUUACUGCUGUUUUAAUUCUAUUGUCAUUCUGCUCACAUGCUGUUUCAUGUAUCGCUACAAUCUUUGGAAUUAUUUCAUUCUUAGGGCUAGGUAUUGGUGCUGCUGCUUCAACAGGUGCUUAUUCAAUUGUGAAGAAAUAUUUCAAUGAUGCUACAAGUGAGUAUGGUAUCAGCGGUACUUUAAGUAAUUACAGAUUUUAUGGGUUGAUUUGGGCAGCUACAGUUGUUGCGUUGAUUGCUUGUUUCUUGAACUUUUUUGCUAUUUGUUGUGGUAGAACAGCUUCAAGAAGAACUAAAGUUGUUGAAGUUGAAAAAGAACCAUUUAUGGGUUACCAAGAAAGAAAUGUUGUUUAA